AUGAGCAGGGCCAUGGUAUCACUACUCGUGCUUGCGGUGCUUGUGUUGCCGCCGGCAACAAUUGCCACGGUGACUACGGCUAGAAGAAACUGCCCCGACACCUGUGGUUAUCACCUCAUACCUUUUCCGUUCGGAGUAGGUCCUUCAUGCUCCUUGCCUGGUUUUAAUCUCACUUGUGCUGUCGACAAGCAGACCAAUGACAGUCAUCCCAUGCUGGGCAACUCAAUGUUGGAGGUCAGUUUCCCUUCCGAUGUACCCGACUCCUACCUGUUCACCACCAGUAUCUCAUACACCGUGAAGAUGAUUCCCGGUGUACGCGACUACUCCAUCCACUGGGAAGCUCCAGCUAGGCCCUUUGCCAUAUCUGGCUGGUCAAACAUAUCCUUGUUCGUUGUUGGCUGCGGCGUCAGGGCUUCGCUGUUCAUUGAUAACUCGGCCGUUGAGGCCGGGAACUGUUCCGUCGUCUGUGCAGAAGCUCAAGUCAUGGAGAAGCUAACUGUGGGAACGUGUGAUGCCAUGGUUGGCCUCGGAUGCUGUUUCAUUGAUAUACAAGUGAACCUAAGGGCGUUCACUCUGGACAUCUCGCGCAUCAACGGCUCUCCAAGCUCAAAACAAGUGCAAGCCUACAUGAGCGAUAGUAUGGACCCAAGUUUCACCCCGAUUGGUGCAUACUCUGGGUUUCAAUACUCAGGAACAGUUCAGCUGGAUUGGUCUAUUCCCUACCAGCCCAAGUUGCCCAACUGCAAGCGCGCCAUGGAGGACAAGGAGAGCUAUGCCUGCAUUAGCAACCACAGCAAGUGCGAGGACUCGCCAAUCGGUGGAUACAUUUGCUAUUGCCAGUCGGGCGCCAUGGAGGGCAACGCUUACAUAUAUGGCGGCUGCCAUAACCCACCAGCUUAUGAUUCCAUCCAGCCAAGAGCGGAUUGUCCCACAUCAUGCAAUAACGUGAGCACCCCAUUCCCCUUCGGAACAGAACUAGGCUGCUUCGCCAAGCCCCAUCUCUACCUCAAAUGUAUCCCAACAGCCGCCCUUCCCGUCCUUCAGUUGACCGAUCGAACGCUCGUCACUGACAUAUCUAUUGGCGGCGGUGUAUUACAAAUUCAUGGGAUAUCGGAGCCAGAUGAUUUCAUGUCUGACUCGGACCACCCGCUCUAUGCCUUAUCUGGAGAGGGAGAAAGGCGCAUGGUGAAGUGGGCUAUUGAUAACAUGACAUGCGAGCAUGCAAAGAUGAACAAGAGCGACUACAGAUGCUUCAGCACCCACAGCGACUGUGUUGAUGUAACUGACGAUAGAACACUCAGACAUAUCGGUUACCGGUGCAAGUGCUCUUCUGGUUUUGAAGGGAAUCCUUACCUUCAAGAUGCAUGCACAGAUACCAACGAGUGCCAUCAGCCAGAUAAAUACAUCUGCAAGGGUAUCUGCCAGAAUAGUUUCGGAAGUUAUACAUGCACCAGUUGUCCUCGUGGAACAGAUUUCAAUAGCGUCAUGGGAAAAUGCAAACCAACUACUAUAAUAUUAGGUGUUACUAUUGGACUAAGCAGUGGUGGAGGCAUUCUGUUUCUUGCUGCAAUUGUUGCUAUUCUAACUCGGAGAUGGAAGGGAAAUGUUCAGAAACGUUUGAGAAAGAGGCAUUUCCGUAAGAACAGAGGCAUUCUGCUAGAACAGCUGAUCUCUUCAGAUCAAAGUGCUAGCGAUGCUGGCACAAAGAUAUUCUCCCUGGAGGAGCUGCAAAAGGCAACCAAUAAUUUCGAUCACACCCGUGUGAUCGGACGUGGUGGCCAUGGCACUGUCUAUAAGGGCAUUCUGACCGACCAGCGAGUGGUGGCCAUCAAGAAAUCAACGCUUGCCAUGAUCAGCGAGAUCAAUGAGUUCAUCAACGAGGUCUCCAUCCUAUCGCAGAUCAACCACCGGAAUGUGGUAAAGCUCCAUGGAUGUUGCCUAGAAUCUGAGGUCCCUCUGCUCGUCUACGAGUUCGUCUCCAACGGGACGCUCUACGACCUUCUGCACCGCGAGCAGAAUGGUAGCUUGUCGCCUUUGUCCUGGGAGGAGCGCCUGAGGUUUGCCACCGAGAUCGCGGGUGCGCUCUCGUACCUGCACUCUGCGGCUUCCGUGUCGAUCCUACACAGAGACGUCAAGUGCAUGAACGUGCUCCUGACGGACAGCCACACCGCAAAGGUUUCAGACUUCGGCGCAUCGAGGUUGAUCCCGAUCGACCAGACACACCUAGUCACUGCCGUUCAGGGCACGUUUGGGUACCUAGAUCCGGAGUAUUACCACACCGGUCAGCUCAACGAAAAGAGCGAUGUUUAUAGUUUUGGAGUGAUACUCGUUGAGCUGCUGACGAGGAGGAAGCCGAUCAUUCAGAACGAGCAUGGCGAGAAGCAGAAUCUGUCGAACUACUUCUUGUGGGCUAUGAGGGAGAGGCCCCUCGAGGAGACAAUGGAUCCCCAGAUCCUCGAGGAAGCGAGGAAGGAAGGUGUUAUGUGCAUGGCUCGGUUGGCGGAGGAGUGCCUAUGUCUGACACGAGCGCAGAGGCCUACCAUGAAGGACGUGGAGAUGAGGCUGCAGCUCCUGACGGGGCGCCGUGUUGCACCGAGGGUGGAGCAAGGCGAAGUUGCACAGCCUCACUCUGAAGCUGCAGGAAACAAUGGGCGUGGUGGCAUUGCUCCGUUGAUUGGUCAGAACAGCUCACGUCAGUUCAGCCAAGAGCAGGAGUUCGUGUCGUCUCUGCUUGUACCACGGUAG